ACCGACAUCAGUGGAGCCCACCGCGAGGGCUGGGUUUUUACUCUAAUUGUUGUAUGUCUGAUACCUCUGACUUGGCCAUAUUAUCGCUUUCAAGUGUGAGCAGCCAAGGUGCUUUGAGAAGUACAACACCACCAUCAUCACCUCUAACACCUUCACCUUCAUCCUCAACACUUGCAUUUCCACCUCAAAACCCUAUCCCUACACACACUACCGCUACUGCAAUGACUACACCUCAACACCUAGGUGUAAUCGACCUACCAAUCCCUGGCACGAAGAAUGCUCCGAAGAAAUUCAAAGGAAAGUACUCAGAGAUCAAGCCUUUUGUCCAGCACUACGAAAGACUCUGUCUUCAGAAAGGAGUGACCGAUGCUCAAGAGAAGAUAGAGAAUAUUACGCAGUACUGUUCAAGGGAUGCACGAGAAUUUAUGGAAGGACUUUCAAGCUAUAAGUCAGGAAACUGGGAUCAGUUUACCAGAGACCUUUUGGAGUUCUAUGAUGCUGAAAGAGACUCAAAGAGAUACCGCCCCAAAGACCUCGUCAUAUAUGUCAAGAACUGGAAGUCUGACCACAAGACUAUUCGUAAUCUUUCAUCCUGGAAAGAAUACAAUCGAGGCUUCAUCAAGAUUGCUGGAUGGCUUAAAAAAGAAGGAAAGAUUACUGAGGACACUCAGGCAAUUACCUUCUGGAAGGGAAUCCCUAAACCCUUUAGACAUCGACUGGAAGCAAGAUUACUUGCCAAGACUCCAGAUCAUGAUCUCAGCAAUCCAUUCAGCAUGGAAAGCAUCCACAAAGCUGCUAAAGCUCUCCUGCAGCGCAACCGCUUUGAUAGAGAGGGAUAUCUGUCAGAUGAUGAGGAUGACGAAAGUGAAGAUGAAGACUCUGAAGACAGUGACCGUGAUUCAGAAAGUUCUGACUCAGAUUCUGAUAGCUCAGAUGAUGAGAAAAUAGCACAGCAUGUGAAGAAGUUGAGGAAGAAGCGGAAGGAAAAGAUGAGUAGAGAGAAGCUGAAGAAGAAGAAGAAAUCAGAGCAAGAAGAGAAGCCCGAGGCCAAGAUCAACAAGAGUGCAAGACUAACCAGGAAGAAGGAAAAGGACAGUGAGGUUGAGGAACUUAUCAACCAGCUCAACAAGAUGUCACUUGAGGAUCCUGCCUAUGCGAUAUCCUACUUCAGAGCCUGUCGACUCGAUCCCUUGGUUGCUGAUAUUGUACCAAAGCCUAAUGAACGUCAUCAAAGGAUAAAUGCUCAACCUUCUGGACAAUUCUUCAAUAAUAGCUCUAGACCUCCAAUGCAAAGGCAGAUGCCUCCUCACAUGGAUAAUGCACCUACUGGUGAUAGAAGAUGUUUCGGAUGUGGUCAGACUGGGCAUGGAACAAGGUUCUGUCCCAGAAUGACUGAACUUCUAUCUCAAGGCAUUGUGAGUCGAGAUCCUGCCGGACGCUAUGUCAUGGCAAAUGGACAACCGAUCAUGAAGAUUGCAUUUGAUGAACCUUUGGCAACUGCUGCAGUACGUUUGCAUCCUACACCUCAAGCCAACUUUAUAGCUGUCAAUCAUGCCACUAUUGAAGAAGUAACAGAUGAGGACUAUCAAGAAGUAGGUGAAGAUGGAGAACUAAGUGAUAAUGAAGGAGAUGGAAGAAAUGCCGCUUGGCCUGUGACUCGAACUCCCAAGUCUACUACUGCUGCUAGAAAGGAAAAGUUCGAAGGAGUCUUAAUGCCCCCAAGAAAAUUUCUAGACAAAAGGGACGAGAAAACAAGAUCAGCAAAGGGAAACAAAGAGAACGUACUUCCAAGAAAGAAGAACUUUGAGUACCCAUCUAAUGGAAAGAUACCUGAACCUGUACCUGUUGAUGUGAAAAGAGAUAUUCCAGUUGACAAUCAUUCAGAUAUCAUCAUGGAUGAGGAACUUGGAAUGCGAGAGCCACUCGGUGAAAGGAAUGCUUCAAAGAACUUGGAGAAUCAUUCACCUGAGAAGAGAAUUCCUCGACGUUCUGAGAUUCAAGCUCAGGUCGAUCGUCUCAAUGUGCUCACUAAAGUCUUGAAUACACCUGUUACCUUAGCUGUUGGAGAAGUCUUUGGAAUGUCAAAGGAAAUGAGCACACACCUCCUGGAUGUCCUUAAGCCUAAGCCUGCCACUAAACUUCAACAUGUUCCAAAAGCUACUGCGGCAUUAGCAAGAACCUCUGCCAGUUUUAAUUCUUCAGCAGUCUCAGCUUCCUUUAUUGCACGGUCAAGAGGCACUCUCAUUAAAUUGAAGAUGCAUUGUGACAAUGUACCUGUUGAUGCUAUCAUUGACACUGGAUCUCAGCUCAAUAUUGCACAUGAACAAAUCUGGAAGGACGUACUUGCAAGGCCAAUGGAUAAAGGACGAAAGAUUAGUAUGAGUGAUGCCAAUAGUGGAGAAGGAAUGCUAAGUGGACUUGUGCCCAAUGUACCUCUCAACUGUGGUGGAGUACUCACUCAUGCAAAUAUCUAUGUCGGAACUCAAGUUCCAUUCAAGCUUCUAUUAGGACGACCCUGGCAACGUGGUAAUUAUGUGUCCAUUGAUGAACGAGAGGAUGGUACAUACCUUCUUUUCAAGGACAAGCACUUGAAUGUGCGACAUGAAUUACUGGUCAAUCCUGAACCUACCAAUCCUAGCCUGAAUGAGAUCUCUGACUACCUCACAUAUUCUUCCCCUGCAAGAGUAGGUCUUGUGCAAGCUGAUGAAGGACUGACAAUUGAACCCGACAUUCCAGAAAAGCUUCUUGAAGAAGAGAUAGUAGAUGAACGAGAACCACGACCAUUUCAACAUGCAUUUGAUGUCAGGACUCAAAUGUGGAUGCAUAGGUUCUUCUUCUCCCCAUCUCAAUAUGACCGACCCAUGCUAGUCACCAUGCUGCUACCUUUUCACCAUAGCAAUCCUACUCCAGGCAUCCUUGACAGAUAUGCGAUUGAAGGAAGAGAAGGUAUUGGGAAAGUCUCCUUCUCAGCUUUACAUGAGAAGAUUGAUUCUCUUCAUAGACUCAAGAAGGCUCCAAAAUUCCAUUUAAAUCUAGGAACUUUCAAUGCAUUUCCUCUGCAAUCAGAUUCUACUGAACCUGCCAGGCAUCAAGUUGAAUCGUUCCUUAUAAAUGAUGCAACUCUCAUCUAUGCCAAACCCGGAUCUGAGCUACCAACAGCUGUACAGUAUGUGGAUGCCUACCUGCAGUUCAAAGACAGUCUGGAACAUGAUCUGGAAAAUCACAAAUGGAAAGGACCUAUUUUGGUUCCAGCAGAAGGUCCUCCUGACCCUACUGACAAGAGUCAAAAGCCUGAGGGACAUCUGGAUAGUCAAGCAGAGUCUACCAAAGGAGAAGAUGAUGAUGCUCCAGAAUUACGGCCAUUUCAAUUUGAUACAUUUAAUGUCAAGACUCAAAUGGACAUGGACCAAAUGUAUUUCUCAGCAUUCCAAUACGAUCGACCUUCAUUGACCUCUAUACCAGUACCCUUUGAAGAUAAUAACCCUACUCCUGCCCUUCUUAGGAUAUAUGCAAGUGAAAGUACAGAGGAUGUUGGACAGACUAAAUCUGAAGAACUUCACUCCAAGAGUAUGUCCGUAAUUUGGCGUAACAAGACACCUCAAUUUCGUCUAACUCUAGGGACAUAUGAAGCUUGUCCUGUAUUAACAGAGUUUACCGAACCAACACGACGACGAGUGGAUGCAUUCAUCAUAAAAGGAGCUACUCUAAUUUAUGCUGAACCAGGGUCAGUUCGACCAAUGGCUGUACGACAUGUGGAUGCAUAUCUCCAAUUCAAGAAGAGUCCUGGAUAUCCUUCUGGAGACUAUGAGUGGAACGGUCCUAUUUUUGUCCCAGUAGAACCUGUUCCUGAGACUACCGAGGACAAGAUGGAAAUCAUCAAACAACCUAGCGGACAGCAAGAUGAUCAACCUGGACUCUUUGACAGCAAGAGCAAAAAUCAAGCCAAGGAAAAUAGCCUGCCUGAUGAAUUUGAUUCAGGACCCUCUAAGACUGCUUCCUUAAGUUUUGAUGAGCUUGAUCCUUUAGACAUGACUCCACGUUUGCCAAGUGCAGAUCAAUAUCUAAAAACUGAAAUUGAGCUGAGCAUUCAGCGUGAUAAAGAAGAACGAGACCCAUCUGAAGCACUUGCUGCACGAAAUUUGGUCAUACAGUUGAAUUCAACCGGGGAGACCAAUGAUGAAGUCUUGCGAAUACGUGGUGGUUGUUCCAGAAGUGAUGACAGUGGAGAUCUUGACUGAAACCUAAAUGAAGACUAUCGCCAACUUCGACAGAGCAGACAUGGCCCAGAAGAGGAUUUGUUGAAUAAGAUUUCUACUCAUUC